AAAGGGGACCGGGGAGUUCUAACCCCGGCACACCAGGCGAUUGAAAAAUUGAUGGUGGGAGUGCACGCGGCAGGAUGCUUCCGCGGCGGGUCUCUUUAAGAAAUGCGAGUGUGCUAGCCCUUUAAGGCGGGAGGGGGAGGGGCAAGCAGGAAGUAUGUCCGGACCGCUGUCUGGGCUGAGCCGGGGGCACAAGGGAGACGCCGAGCUAGCCGGUGCCGCCCUGCACCCUCUCCUUCCCGCACCCGACCUAGCCUGGGAUUUCCUAGCAGACGGACCUCUUUGGGACCCUCUCCCUUCCCCCAGCCAACCUAGCCACCGACCCGCAGUGUGACCUUGGGCAAGUCCCUGGCUCUCACUGGGCCUCAGCCUCCCCCUCCCCCCUUGUAAAAUGAAGGGACUGGAAACGACGAUCUCUAAGGGCCGCGUCUGGCUCCUGACGUUCUAGGGUUAAGGUUCUUUCCAUGCCUAUCGAUCGGCGGUGUCAGAUCCUUCCAGUUCCAACAUUCCAUUUCUUUUGUUGCAAUUCGGAGCGUUGUUUCUUACAGCUCCCGGCGUUCCAUCUUUUGUAGCUGCAAGUGUCGUUUCUUUCAGCUCGGAAGGUUCUGUUUAUUGCAUCUCCCAGCGUUACAUUUGCUGCAGCUGCAAGUGUUGUUUCUUACAGCUCGGAACGUUCUGUUUAUUGCAUCUCCCAGCGUUCCAUUUGCUGCAGCUGCAAAUGUUCUGUUUCCUGGAGCUCCGAACGUUCUGUUUGUUUUAAUUCUUUCCAUCACUAACAUUCUGAGGUCAAACUUGUAUGUUCCAAGACUCCUUUUGGUUCUAAUGUUUCGGACCAUACUAGCUUUGUUCAUUAACAUUCGGUGCCCUAAGGACCCUGGGUGGACUUAAAUUUGAUGUUCCAAGAUCCUUUCUUGCUCUAGCAUUCUGUGGUUUCCAUUCAGGUCCCUCACCAGCUUCGGAUUCGUGUCCUCUGUUCUAAGACUCCAGUUCUAACAUUCUAAUAUUGUGACAAUCUUUGCCUAUAACCUCGGUGUCCCAUCAUUCUCCGUGUAAUCAAGGCUGGGCCCUUUCUCUCCCCACCCCCACCUCGCCCUUUCUAGUUUCAGCCCCGAGCCGGCCUUCCCCGGCUGCCUAAAGUAACCCUCCCCCACCUCCCAAUUCCUUUACCAUGAACAGGACCCCUCUGAAGCGCUCCCGGAUCCUGAGGAUGGCCCUUACAGGGGCCUUGGAGGAAUCGGCGGAGGGAGAGCCGGGGCACGAGAAGCCAUUUUUGCUGCGGGCGCUGCAGAUCGCCCUGGUGGUGAGCCUUUACUGGCUCAUCUCCAUCUCCAUGGUCUUCCUGAACAAAUACCUACUGGACAGCCCCUCUCUGCGCCUGGAUGCCCCGCUCUUUGUCACCUUCUACCAGUGCCUGGUCACCGUCCUGCUCUGCAAGGCCCUCAGCCUGCUGGCCACCUGUUGGCCGGGCACCGUGGACUUCCCCUCUGUGCGGAUGGACAUGAAGGUCUCACGCAGCAUCCUGCCCCUGUCGGUGGUAUUCAUUAGCAUGAUAACCUUCAACAACCUCUGUCUCAAGUACGUGGGCGUGGCCUUCUACAACGUGGGCCGUUCACUCACCACCGUCUUCAAUGUCUUACUUUCCUACCUGCUGCUGAAGCAGACCACCUCCUUCUAUGCCCUGCUUACCUGUGGCGUCAUCAUCGGUGGCUUCUGGCUCGGUGUGGACCAGGAGGGGGAAGAAGGCACCCUGUCGUGGGUGGGCACCCUGUUUGGGGUGCUGGCCAGCCUCUGCGUCUCCCUCAAUGCCAUCUACACCAAGAAGGUGCUGCCGGCGGUGGACGGCAGCAUCUGGCGGCUGACCUUCUAUAACAAUGUCAACGCCUGCGUCCUCUUCCUCCCGCUGCUGUUGCUGUUUGGGGAGCUGCAGAGCCUGGCUGCCUUCGACAAACUGGACAGCACCCACUUCUGGGGCGUGAUGACCCUGGGCGGGCUCUUUGGCUUUGCCAUCGGCUACGUGACGGGCCUGCAGAUCAAGUUCACCAGCCCCCUGACUCACAACGUGUCAGGCACGGCCAAAGCCUGUGCCCAGACGGUCCUGGCUGUCCUGUACUUUGAGGACACCAAAAGCUUCCUCUGGUGGACGAGCAACUUGAUGGUGCUGGGUGGCUCCUCAGCCUACACGUGGGUGAAGGGGCUGGAGAUGAAGAAGGCCCAGGCGGAGCUGAUCCCCAGAGAGGGCGAGAAGGGCGAGAUGGGGGUGUGAGCCCUCCCUGCCCCGGUCAGAGACCUCAGGCAGG